UGUGUUUAGCAUAUGAAUGGGCGGCCGGGCCGGCGACUGUUGCAGAACCGGGCUGACGGUUCCAGCAGCCGCGCGGCCGCCGCGCAGCGUCAUAUUUAAGGGGCCUUGCUCCGGCCUCGCAGAGCGGACAUGAACAUCUUUACCAAGGUCCCAGGAUUAACCCAACAAACCAGCAAGCUGGGGUCCGUGCUCCAACGUGCCUUCUACGGGUCCAGUGGGAGGGUGACCCUUUUCGAGCAGCGAAACUUCGCCGGCAGACGUCUGGACCUGAACGCCGACUGCGCCAGGAUCAGCGACAAGAACUUCCCCGAGAGAUGUAACUCUGUCCAGGUGGAGAGCGGAGCAUGGGUGGGCUACGAGCACGACAACUACCGCGGCCGCCAGUUCCUGUGGGACAUGUCCGAGCGCGGCGAGUACAACUGCUACGAUAAGUGGUGCGCUCAGGUGGACCACGUGUCCUCUGUGCGGUGUGUCCGGCAGGACAACGGCCCGGCCAAGGCCCACCUGUUUGAGCGGGCUGGUUUCUCCGGGAAGAAGAUGGAGAUCCAGGACGACGUUCCCAACCUGAUGAGCCGGCACAGCCUGAACCGGGCAGCCUCCAUCCGGGUGCUGGGCGGAGCGUGGGUGGUCUACCAGGAACCGAACUACCGAGGUCCUCACUACAUCCUGGAGAAGAAGGACUACAACAACUUCUCUGACUGGGGCAGCCAGAACAGCACGGUGGGGUCCAUGCGCCGCGUCCGCUUCAGCUAAACCUCCAACGCAACAACGCAGCUAAACCUCUGGAACACGUUAGCUUCAGCUAAACCUCCGACGCUAACUCUGGAACACGUCAGCUUUACUGGAACAUGUCA